AUGUUAUGGGUUGCUGAGGGAUUUAUAAAGCUAAUUGCACAUAAUAAUUUGGAGGAAGUGGCAAAGAAGUAUUUGGAAGAACUUAUUGAUAGAAAUGUAAUUAUGGUUCAUUACCGGAUUUACACUGGUGAAAUCAUAACCUGCAGCAUCCAUGACAUAAUGAGAGAACUGUGCGUGAGGAAAGCUCAGGAGGAAAAGUUUCUUUACAUUACCGAUCAAAAAGUUGAGAUUUCUCUGGAAGUCAUGAAAAAUCAGUGUCAUCUAAGUAUUCAUCGAAAAAUGCAGUAUGACAUAUCAGACAUAUAUGACUCAACUAUCCGUUCGCUUCUAUACUUCACAGAUAGUCUAUUGCCAAAUUCUCUAUGUUUUCAGCUGCUCAAGGUGUUGGAAGCAGGCGAUAUAAAUUUCUCUGAGUUUCCAAUUGAAAUAGUAAAACUUGUUAAUUUAAGGUAUAUUGCUUUGUCCUACACAGGGAUAUUCAAGAUUCCUGCCUCAAUAGCUAAACUUUGCAAUCUUCAGACCUUGAUUGUUUUUCGAAAUUUUAAGGGUAAAAUAUUGUUACCAGAGGAACUCUUGAAGAUGCCACGGUUAAGGCAUCUCUUGUUCGAUGAAGCUUUCUUGCUCUGUUCUCAUGGUCCACAAAAUGCGAACCUACAAACACUUUCUGGUGUAAUAGAUUUCGGAUUCACUCAGGAGGCCCUUCAAAUAAUUCCAAACCUGAGGACGUUGGGAAUUUCUUACUAUUGUGACCGUGAAACUGGGUUGUCAUUAUAUUGUCUUGAGAAUUUAGUCCUCUGCUUGAACAACUUGAAAGUCUUAAGUGCAAUUUCUGGAGACAUAUUCCUCUGCUUCAGAACCUUGCUUUCCCACCAAAUCUGA